AUGGCCUCAAAAUCUCUUCCGUCUACUCCCAAGGCUGCGCCCGCGACUCCCGCCUCUGGGGGGUCAGGGACUCCAGGAAAAUGGCGCCAUCCCCAACUUAACGAGAUUGUCAGACGCCAAAAUGCUGCUACUUUUGGUGAUAAGAACCUUCGCAGUGUUAUCUGGAAUGGUAUCUCCUUGGUGUUGACGUGGGUGUUUGGCGGCACCCUCAAAUCUUAUGUGCGUUACUUGUUCGGCAAUGAUCCCUUCUAUCAACAGCUGCCGCUACUUUUCAUUCAACUCCUCUUCACUACAAACAUUCUCCUCGCUGUGCUCCCUCUCUUCAAGCGCAAAGACAACCUCUCCGAUAUUCCCCUCACCCCCACCCAGCGUGCCCUCCUGGGCCUGGACCCAACAGCCACUCCUCCUGCUACUCCUGGAACAACCUAUGUUACGCCGCCCCGCUACCGUCUGUCUACCUCGCGAAAGGCAAGCCCCAUUAGUGCAAGUCGGCACACCAGCUCUCCAUUGUCUACAACCCCGACCUUUUCUGAUCGCCGUGUCUCUUCGGGUACUCCUUUUUCGCCUGCUUCAAGCCCAUUGUUUCACAAAGCCAUCUCUAAUGGAGGCAGAGAUUCCGGGCGGAGACAGAGCAUUGGGUCCUCCUCCCCUCUUGUUCGGAGCAACUCAUUUGGAGAGUCCAGUAUUGGACCCAGUACUCCUUCUCCUCUUGCAGGCAAGCGUAGGAGCCUCGGUCUGAGCAACAAGUGGCUCUAUGAGAGAAGCCGAAGGCUGUCUGCUAGCAAUGGUGCCCUCUGA